GCGCGCGAGGGAAGAUGGCGGCGGCUCCGGUCCCUCACGGCGGGUCCGCUCUCUCCAUCUCCCGGUUACCGGUUCGCGGUGCCCGGAACAAGCGCCCGGCAACCGAGCAGGAGGCGGCGACGGUGCCUGAGCAGAAACGGGCCCGGCCUGGUCCUGCGGCCUCCACCACGGUCAGACCCAGCGCCGGUGGUGGCCGUGCCCCGCUCAAAGCUCUUAGUGUGACGGCAGCGUCUAGGCCAGCAGCCCCCCGAAAGGCCGUCUCGGUGGCAGCUGCACCACGGGCGGGUGCCCCUCCCGGCCCCGCCGCCCCCCGCUCCAAACGUCCCCCCUGGGACCUAAAGGGUCAAGUCACCGACUUACGGGCGGCGCUGGGCGGGUACCGGGACAAAGCCCAGGGCUUGGCCGGGGAAAACCGGGACCUGCGGGAACAGCUGGACACGCUCCAACGGGAUCUGCGGGACAGGGAAGCCCGGGAGAAUGACCUCACCCACCGUUUGGGGAUCCUGGAUGCAGAAUUGGUCGCCUGUCGGGAGGAAGCGGGGCGGAGCCGGCGGGAAAACGAGGGAUUGGCUGCGGAGAAAUGUCGCUUGGAGGAAGAGGCGGAGCGGAGGGGGCGGGAGAUGGAGGAGCUGGUGAUUCGAUUGGAGGAGAAGGAGGCAGCGUUGGAGCGGGCAGAGGCGGCCCUGGCGCAGCAGGCAGCGCAGGCAGCGCAGCUGCGGGCUCAGGCGGCCGCCCAGGAGCAGCGGCUGGGGCAGCAGGAGGAAAAGCUCCACAGGCUGGAGAUGGAACGCCGCCGCCUCCACAACCUCAUCCAGGAGCUCAAGGGUAAUAUCCGGGUUUUUUGCCGCGUCCGGCCGCUGCUCCCCGAGGAAGAGGAGCGGCAGAAGAACCUGGAGCACCUUCGCUUCCCCCCCCAGGAUAACAAGGCCUUGGUGCUCUGCAGGCCGGAGGAGUCUCACAUUGGCCGCGACCGCCGAGGUGACGUCCGGUACGACUUCAGCUUCGACCGCGUCUUCCCCCCGGCCGCUUCCCAACACGAGAUCUUUGAGGAAAUUGCGUCGUUGGUGCAGUCAGCACUGGACGGAUAUCACGUCUGCAUCUUCGCCUACGGCCAGACGGGCAGCGGGAAGACGUACACCAUGGAAGGCCCGGAGGCGUUUGAUCCCGAAACCAGGGGCAUGAUCCCGCGAGCGGUGCGCCAAGUUUUCCAGGGAGCUCAAGAAUUGGCGGAAAAAGGCUGGGAAUACGAUUUUAGCGCUAGCUUCCUGGAGAUUUAUAACGAAUCCCUGCGGGAUUUAUUGGCCGCGCGAUCGGAACGAGGGACGGAGCUGGAAAUUCGACGGGUGAGUUCGGUCAGCGAAGAGCUUCACGUCCCCAACCUCCGCUGCGUCCCCGUCACCUGCGAGGAGGAAGUUUUGGGGUUGUUGCGGACGGCGGCCGCCAACCGCUCGGUGGCCAGGACGGCUCUGAACGAUCGCUCGUCCCGCAGUCACAGCGUCUUCCAGCUCCGCAUCCGGGGUUCCAACGCCGGCCGGGAUCUGCACUGCGCCUCCAUUCUGAGCCUGGUGGACCUGGCAGGCAGUGAACGCCUGGACAAAUCCCAAUCCCGGGGGGGCGACCGAUUACGGGAGACCCAGGCCAUCAACACCAGCCUCUCCGCCCUGGGCCUCGUCAUCAUGGCGCUCUCCAACAAGGAGUCCCACAUCCCUUAUCGCAACAGCAAGUUGACGUAUCUGCUGCAGAAUUCCCUGGGGGGUUCCGCUAAGAUGUUGAUGUUCGUCAACAUUUCCCCACUGGAGGAAAACUUCGCGGAGUCUCUCAACUCCCUGCGCUUUGCCAGCAAGGUGAAUGAGUGUGUGAUUGGCACCGCCCACGCCAACCGGAAGUAGCCCCCUCCCACGUCCCGCCCCCUUCCUCGUUUUUAUCAAUCGCCAAUAAAGAUUCCUAUAUGGCCGGGGCUGAUUGGUUGGUGCUGGUCACGUGUCUUUGAUGAGGGAAGCAAAAUGGCUGCGCGCAUAAGCGAGACGUGGGUGGCAAGAGCUGAUUGGUUGCGCUUUGUACGGCAAGAUGGUGGCGCCUGUGCAGUGCCACUUCCGCUCCGGCACGGAGAUGAGGCUGCGCAUGCGCAGAAAUGGAGGCGGUGCCUUAAAGAGACUAAGAGUUACUCUUAAAAAGAGAUAAAACUAAUUUAAAUUCUGUCUCGAGUCUUCCCGUUUUCGGUGGGAAAUGGCAACUUUUACUCAUCUGUUUUAAAAUUCAGGCGGGAAUACCGCAGAGGCAGGAUCCAGGAGCUGCAAUUUCAUACCUAGAUCAUAUGAUGUUGAAUUUUACCUCAAAACCCAAGGGCUUUUGGGGUUGUUUUCCUUCUAAAAUGGCAAUGAACGUGCGUUUUGUCCCCACCCGGGGUGUUUUAUUGAUGAUAUAUCACACCGAGGACCCCUCGACCCCGUUACCUGCCAGGGUUUCUCUGCUUUUGGCCUCAAAAUCUGCAUUAUAAGAGAAAAAAGGAGAAAUAUGU